GGAGUGCAGCGCCUCGGAUAUGGACGGCUGCCCGGCUUCACUGUUCGUCAUCGCGUUUUUUCCAGCGUCCUCCUGCGUAUGCAUGUAUGCGACCGACGGGCUGAUUUCAUAACGUGGGGAGGAAGAGAGGAAUGGGGCUUUGAGAACGGCUGAGCACCAGACCUGGUAAGGCUCUAUGCACCAACAGUGUUAUCUCUAUUCCCGGACCAUGCAGACGGUGCACUAGAGGAGAUGCGGUAGUUCGUGGAGGCUGCUGAUGCUGCUGUCCGAUCAGCUGUUUUUUGUGUCUUGAGCAUCAUCACCGUGACGGCCAGAGAGAUCGAGAUAAAGCUCCAGAGCCAGGGACACCGCAGACCGGUUAACAGAGGAUGGAGUUUAAGCAUCUGGUGGAGGCGGCGGAGAAGUGGUGCUCCGGUAACCCGUUCGACCUCAUCUUCGCCGAGGAGGACGACGAGAGGCGGCUGGACUUUUACGCAGACCCUGGCGUCUCCUUCUACGUGCUGUGUCCCGGCGGCACCGAUAAUUUCCACGUGUGGAGCGAGAGCGAGGACUGCCUUCCCUUCCUACAGCUGGCCCAGGACUACAUCUCCUCCUGUGGGAAGAAGACUCUGCUGGAGGUGCUAGAGAAGGUCUUCACGUCCUUCAGGCCUCUGCUGGGCCUUCCAGACAUAGAAGACGACAGUUUUGAGCACUACCACGCUGACAUGGAGGGGGAACCAGGGCCAGACCACCAGCAGAUGGGGGUCAGCCAGCAGUGAUAAGCCCCAAGAUGAGGCCUGCAGCUGGGGUAGAGCUGCUCUGAAGUUCUGGGCCUCAACUCAUCCGCCCAAACACUUAACAACACAUUCUUAUCCAAACACAUCCACCCACCCACACACACACACACACACACACACACACAUACUUACAGUCGACUUGCUAAAAAUGCACCACCAUGUUCUUGAAUGUUUCAGUGGCUUUGCUUCCCAAAGAGUGCACUCUGUUGCACUGUGUUGACCCCUCCUAACCAGACACACACACACACACACACACACACACACACACACAUACACACAUUGGGGCUACUGUACGUGUGCUGUAGCCAUGUACAAUUCAAGUAUCAUAAUCAUUCACCAUCUGGUUAGUUAAAGUUCCACAGCACAGCAAUAUUACAUCGGCCUCAGCUGGCUUUGUUAUGCAGAAAUACUGUCAGAUGUUACCGCAAUACACACGUUUCCCCCGUUGGUUGGAAGAAGAAUGUGACAGAUAACCUACAUUCUCUGCCUGUCUGCUGACACGAAGAGCUAGAUGAAAGAUAAAUGGGUGAAAACUGACAGUUUGUGGCCAUGUGAGGCAACUGAAGUAACGCAGAUAAAGAGAGGGAAGGAAGGAGGGAAAAACGGUACCAUUUUCCGCUUUGUGGAGGGAAAGAAGGAGGGAAGUGAGGAUGUAUAGUUCUGACGUAGAUUCAGGUGGGGCAGCUCUCAAACUUUCCUGUUUUAAACAUGCACUUCAAAUAGUCGUAUAGGUUUCAAUCGAAAGCAUUUUACACAUCUGCUCCUCAUGUGGAAAUCAAAAGUGUGCAGCUUCACAGUAGCAUGGAUUGUUUCUUGAGGUGUGUCUCUUAGUGUUUCCAAGGCAGUGCACCUCAAAGAGUUUAAAGUCACUUUAUGAGGACGUUUUUAAUCAAUGUUACUAUCAUGUGACCAUCACAACAAAGGCCCAUGCUGCAGCUUAAGCUCUUCCCAGUUUGGGUGUCUCAUUGUCACAUGACACUCUUUAGUUCUUCUGUCCUGUAGUCUUCCUUCCUGGUUGUUGAUGGUUCACAAUUUGCCCCAGUCUGAUGAUAAUACUUCCUGACGCUAGCCAAAAAACUCUUUUUGCGCGUGUUGCUUUUCAAUUAAUGAUCGGCUUCUUUCGAGGUUUCUCUUAACCAUAAAUUGAAUAAAUGCACACCCAAAUCCCUGAGUGAUAUCACAGGGAAGAGAAAAAUAUUUGUUGACAGCCACCCUCUGCCUACCCUGUUAUCUCUAAUCUCACAGUGUGUUGUUGUAUGUCACAUCCAGUGCACUGCAAUGCUUCAGGCCGCCGCCCUCAACCACUCCAUCCACAUGCAAGACUGUUGCAGAGGUUCAUCUUUAGCCCGGUUACUUUGGCUUGUAAAUGUUUGUCUUUUUAUUGCCUAUUUGAAUGUUUCUCAUGCAGUGUAUCUUCUGUUUGUCCUCCAAUGUGUGUAAAAUUGUUCAAUAAACCGUGUGAACAGAGCGUU